CAUCGUAUCUCCUCCAGCCAUGCCUACCGAAAUUCCUGGCCCACCCGGCGUGCCCGUUCUGGGCAACAUCUUCGAUGUCAACCCAAAUGAAACUUGGAACUCUCUCAAUAGCCUGGCCAGCAAAUAUGGUCCCAUUUUCAAGAUCAACGUGUUGGGUCACCAAAUCGUCUUUAUCUGCAGCGUGGCUCUGCUCGAGGAGAUUUGCGAUCAAACCCGAUUUCGCAAGUGUGUGACCGGCCCCGUCGUUGAGAUUCGGUAUUCAGUUCACGACAGUCUGUUCACCGCGUAUGACGACGAGAAGAGUUGGGGAAUCGCCCACCGGAUUAUGAUGCCACACCUUACCCAGGAAGCGACCGAUAGCGUGUAUAAGGAUAUGAUGGAGGUCGUCCCGGACCUGACCAAAAAGUGGAGCGCAGGCACCAAGCAACGUGUGAAGGCCAGUGACGACCUCGAUUUGAUUCUGUUGGCUUCGUGUAUGAAGUGUUUCUUUAACGAGCGGGUGCACGUGCUAGGUGAGAAGGAUGAGGUUCAGAAAAAGGCUUGGGAUAUGGUCCAGGGAUGGGAGGGUGCCACCAUGGAAGCAAUGAAGCGGCCCACUCGCCCGAAGGUCAUGAACUGGCUAUACCAGGGCCGAUUCUCUAGCUUGACCAAAACCAUGCGCAACUACGCUACCGACAUUGUGAAGCGCCGAAAGGAUAGCCCUGAGCUGGCUCGCAAGGAUAUGUUGGAUGCUCUCUUGAAUGGUGUCGAUCCCGAGAGUGGCCUGAAGCUCAAAGAUUCUCAGGUGCUGGACGAGAUCGUCACGAUCUUUAUUGGUGCUGCUACGGCCGCCAACCUGCUCACUUAUGCGGUAUAUUACCUUAGCAACAACCCCGAGGCCCUGAAGAAGGGCCAAGAUGAGAUCGACUCCGUCGUGGGAGAUGGUCCCAUUGACCUUUCCCAUUUGAAGCAGUUGAACUACGUCGAAGCCAUUCUCCGUGAGACUAUUCGUCUGUCUGCCACCGCACCCGGCUUCAACAUUGAGCCUAUUCCGCCUAAGGACAAGAAGGACAAGACCCCUGUGCUCCUUGGAGGUGGCGAAUAUCAGAUCCCCAACAACCAGCCCAUGAUUGCCAUCUUAAAUGCUGUUAACCGUGACCCUGCUGUGUUCGAAGACCCGUUGGCAUUCAAGCCCGAGCAAGUAAUUGGGGACAAGUGGGACAAACUGCCUGCCGCCGCUAAGAAGGGCUUCGGUAACGGCAAACGCGAGUGUAUUGGCAAACUGUGGGCCUGGCAGUGGUCUUUCUUCACUCUAGCCAAUAUUAUCAAGGACGUUGCGUUUGAACUGGAGGAUCCAGACUACAAGCUCCAUGCGAACGGUGCUUUCAGUAUCAAGCCGAUGGACAUGUUCGUGCUUGUGAGCGGUCGCCAAAAGUAG